AAAAGCAACACUUCCAUCCAAAUAAACAUUAAACACCACACAUAACAUAUCAUUCUCUCUUGACCUCCAUUGUUUCCCUUCAACACACACCUCACAUGCCACCUCCAUCUUUUUUAAAUGACACCCAACUUCCUUAACUUAACAUCAUCACUUGCACUUUUCACCGUUUGUAAUUACACAAUUGCACUAACAAACAAACAAAUGCAUCAUACCACUGCGCACUUCAAAGAAAAUUCCAAAAGGGCAUUUCAGUAAAUGCACAUGCUAUAAUCCAACUCUGUAUCAACUGCCAUAAGGAUAAGCAUAGAUCUGCAGCAGCAACACCCUCUCUUACAAAAGAUUGUUAUUCAGAUUCUAAACUAACCGAAUCCAACGUUAUCUCGCCGGAAUAUUCGUUACUUCUUCGCCGGAAAUGGUUUUUCUCAGUUACCACUGAGAACAGAAAUGGGUGAUGAAGUGUUCGUCGGAGAAUACAAAAUGGCGGGGGUACCCACCGGAGCUUCCCGACUCCGGCGAGCUGUGGAACUCAUCUUCUCCCUGCUUACUCUAUCUCUGUCGAUCAGGGUCUUCGCCGGAAAAUGGCAACUCAUUAGGAACAAGCUUGAAGAACUUCAUUCGGGUUUAAUCGCCGCCGAGAACUCCGAUUCCGGCGAGAAUCCGUCGCUUUCAAGGUUAGUAACUUCGAUAGUUGUGACUGUAAAAGAGUGUCACGAUCUGGGUCAGCGUUGCGUGGAUGUCUCGUAUAGCGGGAAGCUUUUGAUGCAGAGCGAUUUGGACGUAGCGUUCGCGAAACUCGAUGGUCUCGCGAAGAAGCUCUCUGAGAUAUACAAAACGGGUGUUUUAACAAAUGGGUCUGCGCUCGUUGUUUCAAAACCGAGUCUUGGUGCUUCCAAAGAGGAUAUGAGGUUCUAUGUGAGAGACCUUUUGACGAGGAUGAAGAUUGGUGAUUUGGGGAUGAAGAAACAAGCUUUGAGGAAUCUUCUUGAGGUUGUGGUUGAAGAUGAGAAGUAUGUGAAGGUGAUUGUUGUGGAUGUGAGUGACGUUGUUCAUGCGGUUGUUGGUUUUCUGGGUUGUGCUGAGGUGGAAAUUCAAGAAGAGAGUACUAAGGUUGUUUCUGUGGUUGCUGGUUUUGAUUCCUAUAAAGGGGUUUUGAUUAGUGCUGGUGUUAUUGCGCCUUUAAUUCGGGUUUUGGAUUGUGGUAGUGAGUUCGGGAAGGUAGCGUCUGCGAGGUGUUUGAUGAAAUUAACUGAGAAUUCGGACAAUGCUUGGGCUGUUUCUGCUCAUGGUGGUGUCACUGCCUUGUUGAAUAUUUGUGGGAAUGGUAAUUGUAAUGGAGAUUUGGUUGGUCCUGCUUGUGGGGUUUUGAGAAAUCUUGUUGGUGUUGAUGAAGUAAAGAGGUUUAUGGUUGAGGAGGGUGCUGUGUCUACGUUUAUCAGUCUUGUGAAAUCAAAGGAGGAAGCAAUUCAAGUGAAUUCAAUAGGGUUCAUUCAGAGUAUUGCUUUUGGAGAUGAAUUGAUUAGGCAAAUGGUGAUUAAAGAAGGUGGAAUCCGCGCUUUGUUGCGUGUUUUGGAUCCUAAAUGGUCUUAUUCUUCUAAAACAAAGGAAAUAGCAAUAAGGGCUAUUGAGAGUUUGUGUUUUACCUCAUCUAGUUCUGUAAGUAUUUUGAUGAAUUAUGGUUUUGUGGAUCAGUUAUUAUAUUAUGUUCGAAAUGGUGAUGUUUCAAUUCAAGAAUUGGCUUUGAAAGUUGCAUUCAAAUUGUGUGGCACAUCAGAAGAAGCUAAGAAAGCAAUGGGUGAUUCUGGUUUUAUGGCUGAAUUUGUUAAGUUUUUGAAUGCGAAAUCGUUCGAAGUUCGUGAAAUGGCAGCGGAGGCACUCUCUGGAAUGGUCAUGGUACCUAGAAAUAGGAAAAGAUUUGUGCAAGAUGACCAUAACAUAGCACUGCUUCUGCAAUUGCUUGAUCCAGAAGAAGGAAAUUCAGGUAACAAAAAGUUCUUAAUCUCUAUCUUAAUGUCAUUGACCAGUUGCAAUAGUGCAAGGAAAAAAAUUGUUAGUUCUGGAUAUGCAAAAAACAUAGACAAACUUGCAGAAGCUGAAGUUUCUUCUGAUGCUAAAAAACUUGUCAAGAAGCUAUCCACAAACAGAUUUCGCAAUAUGUUGAAUGGAAUCUGGCAUUCAUGAAUGUAAUUCAUCAAUUAUUUUUCUCUUUUUUUUUAACUGUAUAUUUACUUUAGUGUCUUACAAGUUUUGCUAAUUUGUUUUCUUUUCCCCUCCUCAAUGUGCUUUUCUGUUCUAUUAUUUCAUUGGCCUUGCACAUGACAUGAGUAGUAGGGACACCAUUAUGUUGAUUGUAAUCAAAUUUUAGUGAUGAUACCAUAAAAACUUUGUUGUAGAUUUUCUUGAGGA